AUGAACGUGCUUUGCAAAGAGCGCAUCCAGGGCUUCCGGGCCUACUAUGAGGUGCAGUGUUCUGGCUGGGUGGUCGUCGGCCUGGCCAGUGAAAGCACUGGAAGGAGGAACAAGGAUGGCUCUUGCGGCCUCGGUGACAACGAGAACUCCUGGUGUCUGGGCUGGAGUGGUUCAAGUUAUCACGCCUGGCACGAUGGUCACAUAUCAGAAAUCCCAGGCAUUCCCAGGUCUCCCGUGUUAGGCGUGUACAUUGACCACCCUGCUGGUAUCCUCAAUUUCUACGCCCUGGAGGUGGGUGAGGAUGGCACCGUGGCAGAUGAAGUGACCGUCCUGCAGCAGAUUAAGAGUCCCUUUUGUGACAAAAUGAUACCAGGUGUGUGGAUGGGCAUGCAUUCUGAUUGCGUGAUCCGACGCUGCAAUUGAAUUAAUGAAAAAAAGUCAGUCGUUAUUCACAAAAUGUUAGGGAUAUUUGGAGCAGAUUUUUUUUUUUUUUUAACUAUAAAUGGACUAAUACACUUCCCCAUAUUCCUAACUCUUUGGGAGUAAUGUAUA